CUUGAGUCGCGUGGUCAAUAGCAUGCUGAUUUGCAGCGGCGUGUUCGCGGCGUAGCAUAAGCUCUCACUUUUGUGCGCUUGGAGAUGUUCUAAUUGAUGGAUUUCGUACACAAACACACUUCGGGUUCGGGUGGAUUUUUACCGUGAUUUGCACUGGCUCAUUUCAGUCUUAAUCUGGCGUUUAGUUCAUUUGAAGCGACUGUGAUUUGUUGGCGAAUGUGGAUUCGCAAUGUAAUGGCUCUAUUGAAGGAGAAUUUUGUGUGGAUAACGUUACAUAUUUUAGUCACAUCUGUCACGGUUCAAGCCUACAGAUACCACUUCGAAGAUUACGACACCUUGACGGGAAUAUGCCGUGAGCAUGAAGUAUGCAACAUCGUUCAUCAUCGCUACUGGAUGCCAAGUGCCGUAGAGAAAAUCUGUCGCUGUCCGCUGAAAACGCCAAGCUGUCCAGUAACAUACAGUAAGCAUGGCCACAUAAUGAAUGUGAACAGCCGCACCCAGAUGAAAUUCUGCUCGGCACCGAGUGGUUUGGCUAAAUGCAAACCGAAUGAUAUAGCGUUGCAGAAGAAGACCCUCUAUCAAAAGUACGGCGCCAAAAAUGUGUCUAUUGAAGUGCAUUGUCAGUGCGACGCUCAGAAGCAGCAAUGGAUUUUCGUGAAUCAAACGGGCGAAAAUUUCAACGACGAACGUCAUCAGUUAACGGUGGUGGACAACUAUCGCUGUGCUGCCUUCGAACGAUGUAAAUCCUACGAAUUUUGCGGAUAUGCCAGGCAGGAUUAUGGAUUCAUAUUUCAUCGAUGCACUUGUCCGGUGUCGCACCAGUGUAAAUUCGAUCUGGACGAGUAUCAUACCGAAGUGAGUGAGUUGUUCUAUCGAGGGCCUGCAUAUUUAGCACGAUGUUUGCCGAUAUAUGAUUAUGAUUGGUGGUGAUCUUUUUUUAACGAUGCUGUAUUCAAUAAAUGGUGUUAUAAUAAAAAUUCUUAUUAUAUUAUAUUUGUAUUCUUUUCAUAUGGUCGAUGUUGCCCAUGUGACAUUUUUGUUGUUGAUUUUUAUGGGGGCUGCAUUACUCGGGAAUCAAUCAAGCAAACGGAACUAAAAUUUUGCAUGUG